AUGCCUCCGAUUCAGUUUCCUGACCUUGCUAGCCUCGUCAAAGAAAAUAUCCUUGCUAACAAGGACCUAAUUCUGAACCACCUGGAUGCCUACUUUGAGUACCUUUAUUGGAUGCCCUGCCUCGGUUACAUUCACAAGUCGACUAUUUACGCCGAGCUGGAGGAGGAUAGACUGCAACCUUCCCGUGCUGCUGCCAUAUGUUCCGUUGCAGCUUUCUUCGUUUCUCCCGGACCAAAAGCUGUGGCCUUCGCUCAGAGAUGCUCGAUGCAUGUCGAGUUCCAUAUAUUUUGCAAUAUUGGAAGCCUUAAAGAAGUCAAUCUCUACCUCUAUUCGUUUGACAUUCUUCAUAAUCAUAUGAACGGAAAGUAUGCGAAAUGUUGGCAACUCAUAGCCAACGCGUGCCGUCUUAUGCAUGGUCUCCAGCUCAACUGGGAAGUUCCUGGUUCCAAACGUCCGUUCCAGGAACAAGAGUGCGCAAGGAGGUUAGCUUGGCAUCUAUUCAACUUUGACCGUAUUUUUGCUGAGGGCUUCGAGGCCUACGUUUGCUGCCGGGAGGAUAAUAUGAAAAUCCGGUUACCCUGUCCCGAAGAUGCCUUUAAUGCUAACAAGGAGGUUUUCGUCGAGCACCUAAACGACAAGCCAAUGAAAGCCUGCAUUCUUCCCGGAUUGCACGGCUACCAAGUGAGGAUGGUGAAUAUUCGUCAUCAUGUUCUAACGAUGUCGAAAAAGUUCGCCUCUGGGCCAGUAUACCUCCAGCGAGAGAGAUGGGAACCGUCAAAAGUCAUGGAAGAUGUUAGGAGGUUGCAGUUGGAGCUUUCUAGCUUCAGUAGCUCCUUACCGGACUACAUGAAACUGUCAGACCAGAACAUAUCCCGCUGGCUGCAAUCAAAAGAAAAGCAAGUCUUUGUCCUCAUUCACGGCCUCCUUUGCACAGCACAUAUCGACCUCUACCGUUUCUCACUGCCCGGUAUCCGGGAACGAGGUACCCCAGAUCUAUUGAAGAAAUUGCCGCAUGACUUCAUAGUGAAGUCGCAGAAGCAAGCCAUAGCUCAUGCCAUUACUCUCGCUCGGUUUUGGGAGACGAUAUACAACCAAUCGAAGGCAAUUCAGCGCGGGAAACUCCUCUUAAUUGGCGAUUAUAAUAUUGCUCCCCUUGUUCAGCAAUGCGCCAAGGUUCUCAUGACCGCAAAGCAGCACGAAUUAUAUCGAGAUUUGACGUCUCAUAGCACAGCUCCCUUAUGGCGGAACGAGCCUGCGGAUGGCCCUUCGGUCCGUAGACUGGUCGAUUCCUGUCUCCGUAUACUGCAGCCUUGGUCCAAGGUGAUACCGUGUGUCAAGUCUCGAUAUGAUGAACUCAUCAAGAGUGUCGAGGACUUCGACCGGACAAGCAAGUACGAAGAAGAAACGAGCCUGAAAUUGGCGAGCAGCGAUCCAAACUCUGUUAGGAGACUUCCGGGGCCUCAUUACAUCCUUGAAACCGCGUAUAUGGCCGAGGCCCAAAGAGACCAGAUGAAUGCUCCUCCAGUUUCUCCAGCAGUGUUUGCUCGGUUUUAUACUGCCGCUCUGCAAGAAGCUAAUUCCACGCAUGACCCGUAUACUGGCCUUGACGCCCCGGAUACUGACUGGCGGUCGGAGUUUUGCCCACCAGGGAUGCCAAUCGUACUGGCCGAAGCUAGGGGCCUGCCCAUUGAGCAGCUCGAUAUCAAUGAUCCACCGAACCGCCUCGAAAACACAGCGACCCUCAUGGCAGACACACCUAGCUCAGACACCGGAGCCGGAUCUCGGGCCGAGGCCCUGGCUACCACAUAUCCCCAUACGCAAAAUAUCCCUAUUCAAAGCACACAUGGUGCCGAUUUCCAGAUCAAUUUGGGGGCGAUGGCGCCGCCUAAUCCUUUUCUCGGCUCCCAAAACAUGGUACACCAACACCAACCAAUACCAUACUCGACGGCGCCACCCGCACCACCAGGACAUAGGUUUGGUCCCCACCUCUAUAACCCUUUAGGGGGUCCGAUGGACCCGCAAACACUCCAGCAACCUCGGCCAUCGCCCCAUCAGUAUCCUCACAAUCAAUGA